GGAACAAGGAACAAAUAAUUGACAACAGUUACCAACAUCGUGCAGCCCUCUCCCUGCAAACCCUCUUAUAUCAAUGUAAAAAUCAACAAUAUUCGUGUUAUUUUAUUUGUAUAAUUAUUCUCCUUCUUUCAAUUCAUUUCUCCCGGAUUGCGAUUUGAUCACUGAUAAACAGUCUGCGGAAGGAGGAUUGUGCGUCCACUAUUGAGGAUUAGAAAGAGGCUCCGUCCAAUGAAAAGUGAAUUAGAGCUGGAGGUAGUGGGAGAGGAGUGGAACACUAAUGAAUCCGAUCCUCUGCUUCAUCAAAAUGAACAUGAGCCUCCGCCUUCGAAUGAAAUAAUAAAGGAUGAUGAAGAUGUCGAACUUGGUUCCUUACCUUGCUGUCGAAUUUGUCUCGAAUGUGAUGGCGAUGAUGACGAUGAACUGAUAUCUCCUUGCAUGUGCAAAGGCACCCAACAAUAUGUGCAUCGCUCUUGCCUUGAUCAUUGGAGAUCUGUCAAAGAAGGGUUUGCAUUUUCGCAUUGCACAACUUGUAAGGCUCAAUUUCAUCUUCGAGUGGCCGAGCUGGAGGACGGAAAUUGGCGCAAAACAAAAUUCAGACUUUUUGUGGCUAGGGAUGUGUUUUUCUUGGUUUUUUGGCUGUGCAAACUAGGUCUGGUACGAAUGGGUGGAACGCAAGAAGAAUUUUGUGAGAAAGAUGACUCUCAGCCGGAAUGUCAUGUUGUGGGCUUGCAAGCUUCUGCAUACUUCGUCUGAAGGGAGGGGGAAUGAACUCAGGAGAUGGAAGACCAGAGACCGCGUAUAUAACUUCUUUUGCACAAAGAAAUACAACGAUUUUGGCAGAUACAUAAGUGUACUAGCAAUACGGGGGAACGGAGAGCAGUCAUAAUACUCCUAGAAGCAGCAUUCAAUGUGGGUUGGAAAUCUGUAGCAUUAAAGAUAGAGAUAUUCAUAAAUAAGGCGGUCCCAGUCGUGCAUAGGCGUGCUAUUCCAGCAGCUAACCACUCUUAUUUUGAAGCUUUCAAGACUGAUAAAUGGGAACCUAAGGGGGCUUCGACAUCAACUGUGCAAAUUUUCAUGCAUAAAAAUGUAAUUGUUCAAGGCCCUGAAAUUUCUGAUAAGGAUUUGUUGAGUGGAUGUUUGGUUGGAAGCUUCAGCGUCUCGAAAGAGCUACCCACGUUCUCUGACGUUAGGAGAUGGGUCAGUAACAAAUAAAGCAAUAUUCCAGGCAGAUGUACGAAAUGCACGGAUGGAAAUUCUUGUUUGAGUUUCCGGUAAGAAAAAUGGCGGAUCAUAUCAAGAUGGAGGAAUAGAGAUGGAGGAAUUUAUUGCUGAUUCUUGAAUGGUGGGCACCGACAGUGGGUUACUUUCUAGCUGCAACAAAACUUGAUUGGGUUUGAGUGAGAUUGCUGGGGAUUUCUCCGUAUCUUUGGUCCCAAAAAAUCUUCAAACAAAUCAGAGACUUAAGUUGCUCGGACAUGGGUGCGGGUGUCCGACAUGGGUACGGAUCUAGAGUAUCACGACCCAAAAUCCGACUAGUCGUGAUGGCACCUAACC